GAAACGCACAGGACCACACACUUCCUAAACCUAUUCACCAAAGCGGUGUUUUCAUACCGCAAACGUUAUAAAUUUGAGGUUUUCCGGGUUUAUAUUUUUAGGUUUUAAAUCAGUCAUGUUAGCUGAGUCUCGGGGCCCAGACCCUUUGGGCUCAGCACAGUGGAAGCCCCACACCGAUGGAAACGAUGGCAAACUUCCAGGGAGUCUUCACAGACAACAGGUGGUAGAACGCCAGAAGCAAACAUCCAGCCAAAGAAGCUACAUCUUAGGGUUGGAAAUGGCGUCAGAGUUGGUGUGGGACAACUGGGACUUGGGAAAAGAGUUCACCAAGACAUUAGUGUUAAAGAACGUUCAUGCCAAGCUGCAGAAGCUACAUUUCAGGCCUCCAGUGUCAAAGUUUUUUACCAUCAUGAAAGAAAACCAGCAUCAGAAAAUUGUUCUGAGCCCAGGAACUUCUUUCUCAAUUCCAGUCACCUUUAGACCACUCAAGAGGUGUGAAUAUGAGGACAGCAUUGAGUUUCAGAGUAAAUUUGGCAGUUUUAAGGUCUGCCUUCGGGCCAUAGUUCCCUGUUAUGCCCUUGAGCUGCCUGACUCUGUGCUGCUACCGCUCUGUGCUGUCAAAUACUCCUCAUAUACUACAUUCUUCCUUAAAAAUGCAAGUAAACUGCACACAUCCUUCCAGUGGGAGGGCAGAGCACCGUUCCAGCUGAGUCCUGAGCAAGGCUUGUUAAAACCUGGCGAGGAGCUUCCCAUUACUGUCGUUUUCCAACCACAAGAGGCGCUGGUCUAUCAGGAACCGGUCUACUGCAGGUUUGGAGGUGAAGAGGACAAGUCACAGAGCUGCUGCAGUGUCCUCCUGCAGGGACUAGCAAAGUACCCGUACCUUCAGCUAAAAAAUCCAAAUAGGGAUGCGAAAAAAGAGCUGGGUGAUCUGGUGUUGGAUUUUGGUUCUGUGGCAGUUGGACGGACUUUGCAUAAACACUUUGACAUCUUUAACCCCUCCCCUGUAACGGCUUCAUUCUCUCUUUCACGAUUACCUGGUGGUGUACCCUUGUUGGGGUCAGAGUUCAGCUGUGACGUCACCAGGGGCGAGCUGGCCCCCGGUGCAUCAGUUCGGGUUGCAGUCAGCUUUACCCCCGCUGUUGCCAACACCGUCUCUGUGGAGUAUUUGUCUCUAAACUGUAAAGGGGCAUUAAAUGAAACCCUGCUAAAACUCACAGGAGGCUGCAUAGGUCCCAAAGUGUCGUUGUCGUCCCCUGUGGUGGACUUCGGCCGUGUGGAAGAAGGAGGCGCGGCCGUGAAAACAGUGGAUUUGGUGAAUUCUUCACCUGCUCAGGCCGUCUUCCAGUGGGACCUGGACUGCUGCGGACACAGUGUGUUCUGUGUCCAACCAGCGAGUGGCACUGUGGACCCGUACAGCUGCACCACACUGAGGGUUUCCUACAGACCCACACGGCCCAUCGCACACCACAGGAGGGUGUCAUGUCUCAUUCUACACAAGGACCCCGUGUUCCUGGACUGCAUCGGUACCUGUCACUCAGAGCUCCACCAGCCGACCAUACUGAAACCAGAGCACUUGGUUCUGUACAAACUCCACUGGUCCCGCAGAGAUACACAGCUGGACCCCUGCACUGAGGAGUCCGACCAAAGACGAGAUAAUGUUCCUGUGCCAUCCACCCCAAUGGAAGAAUAUUUCCAGUCCUGCCUGGGAAACAUGGAUCCAUUCUCUUCCAGUUCCUCUCCACUCCCUCCACAUGUGUCCGUCUCACCACAUGAGCUGCUGUUUCACCACAAACUAUCCUCCUCAUCUUCCUCUUUUACUUCUUCUCGGUCCGUCUCCAUCACCAACCACACCAGGGGAAAACUCAGCCUCGAGUGGACUAUUGCCUCAGACUCUCCAUUCGCCGUCUCUCCCUCAUCAUGUGACCUGGCUCCGCUGAAGUCCACUUCAUUCAUCGUGACGUAUUCCCCUAAGCAGCUCAAUACUCUGCAUGGAGCACAACUGGAGUGUUUUGCAUACAAUAAGGACAAUGGGGACCUGAAGGAUCGUCUGCUGUGUCCAUCCUGGUGUGUGACCGUCAGAGUUGUUGGACACUCCUUUCAACUCGGCAAAGAACACUUCAUCCCACGCUGCUCCCUUGAGCCCCACCUAGUGGUGUUUCCGUCUUUGAGUGUUCUUUCCCAUCGGACGGUGCUGCUCCAAAACAAAGGAGAGCUUCCACUUACCUUCAGUGUGAACUUAGACCAUGAUUCCGGUCCCGCUGAAGCAGCAUCUCUGGUUGUGGUGCCAAGCUGUGGUUGGAUCCUGCCUGAGUCUCAUCAAAUCCUCACCCUCAGAACCAUUCCGACAGAAGACGGACCCAAACAGGGGUUUAGUUUACACCUGGAGCUGAAUGCAGACAAACACACACAGAAACUGACAGUGAUCAGCACAGUGGAAAGGCCCUGUGUGUGUCUGGGAGGUGACGGCAGCUUGUACUUCCAACCCACCAACGUGGGCUCUCAAACCCACCGCUCCCACCAAAUCAGGAACCUCAGCCGCCUGCCUCUGCGAUUCCAGUGGAGAAUUCCAGAGUCAGACCAGGAGCUCAUCUGUGUUGAACCAGAUGCUGGUGAACUGCAUCCCAAUGAGACCACGGCGCAGACAUGGUCCUUCAGCCCACUGGAAGAGAAAACGUACACGUCCAGAGCCACCCUCGCUUUCUGGCCGACCCAGACUCCUGAAUGUGACAAGUCCCAUCUGACCCUUAAAGUAGUUGGAACGGGCGCUAUAGGCUUUAUUGAGGCAAAGACAGCAGUUCUAAACGUUGGAGAUGUUGUGGUUGGAACCUACCGGUCCAUUGAGAUUCCUUUAGUGAACAACAGCCCGUGCUCGGUCUCCUUUUGUGUCUCUGUACAGCAGAUCUGUCUGGAUAAGGACCUUAGCUAUGACCCUACAAACGAGCCAAGUGCCUUACAUCUGGACUGUGACAGGCUGACAGUUGCCUCACAGUCCACGCUGCUGCUUCAGUCCACAGUCAGACCACAUAGACGAGCCCAGUACACAUGGACCAUCAGCUACCAGACGCUGAAUGCCGAUGGAUCGACGUCAUCCCUUCCUAAGGUCGUAUGUGAAGUCCGUGCAAAGGGAGUUUUCCCCACUUUACAGGUGACUGAUGCCUGUAGCGGUGGUAGCAUAGGAAGAGUCGACAAGAUGCGCCUGUGGAAACUCCUGUCAUUGGACAGUCUCAAUGAACACCUGUUUGCCAACCCCUCCCCCACAGAACUCACCUACAGGACCCCCACCAGACACAGUCUUCGUUCUUGUCCUUCGGUUUUCACCAACACCACUUUGGAUUUCAGCUUCAGUGCUGCUCCCCUAAAUUCAGACCCUUCCACUUUUAUGUUGAUGCUUCAUAAUCCUGGAUCUAUCCCUGUGGACUGGGCAUUCUUGUUUCCUGACGACCAAGAAAUAGAGCUGGAGUACUGGGCUGAGACGGGAGAGUUUAGCAGCACUGAGCUGCACCAGAUGAAGAUUCAAGACAACCAUCUGUUCAGCAUCACACCAUGUUCUGGAACUUUGCACCCUGGCCAACAGAGGGCAGUAAAGUUCAGCUACAGUCAUGACUUUACAGGAACAGAUCGACUCCCUGUUGUGCUGAAACUCUCUUACGGCCGAGAGAUCUUGUUGAACUUUCAGGGUUUGACAUUGGAGACAGACAGGCCAUAUCUCCACUUUACCUCCAAAACACAUGUGUUUACCUCUGUAGCCAUCGAAGACCGUUCUCCUCCGAGGCAGAUGUAUGAGUUAUACAAUGGUGGUGCUGUGCCCGUGUUUUACCGAGUGGACACAGCUGUACUGUCACAGCUCCAGGCUGACAACUUUAACCACCCAGUGCUGUGCUGCCUCAAUCCAAAGGGGGAGGUCCUGCCGGGGAAAACAGCCACUCUAGAAUGGAUCUUUUCUCCAGUGGAGGCGAAGAUGUACCAUAUGGAUAUUCCUAUCCAGAUUCAAGACGGGGACUCCACACUAGUGAGGUUCGAGGGUUGUGGGUUUAAUUCUACAACCCUUGGCCUCUCAAACCCGUUAAACUACAGUGAUGUGAGUCCGUUUGUACCCGGUGGCCAGAGGCUGCCCUUCCCAGGACAGAUGGUGUUCCUGUCGGAGGACAGCGUCUCUCUAGGCGACAUUUCUGUUUACUCACAAACUUCAAGAAUCCUCUUCCUCACCAAUGUGUCCCACACAGACACGGUCCACUUUGUGUGGGAGCUGUCGCAGCAGCAUUCCCAGGUGGUGCACAUGAGUCCAAACAGAGGUGUUCUGUGUCCACGUGAGACCGUCUCUGCUGUCCUUACCUUCACUGCUGCUGAACAACCUACUGUUUAUCAGCUCCAUUUAAUCUGUCAGGUUUGUCACACGGAUGCAGCUCUCACUCAGUACCAUGAUGCUUUGCAGCGUCUGGAGGAAGAGCGAGAAAGACACCAAAAUGAAUUUACUAUCACUGACAAAAAUCUGACAGGAAGUCAUGGUGUUUUGACAGAGAAGGAACCUGUAGCAACUCCUGCAAGAAAAGUAUCAUCAUUUAGUAAAUACAAGACCCUUCCUCCUAUCUGUGCCGACAGUGGCUCCGAUACAUUAGGAAACAUUUGUGCCAGGCUGACAAAAGCUGAGCGGCGGGAAAAACGGCAGUCAGCGAAGGUACAGAAAGACUCCGAACCCCCCCAGCCUGAUCUACUGCACCUACGGGUCACAGCACAUUCACAUGGUCUCACCCCCGAUCAGCUGAACGAGCAGCACAGAUGCCUCCAGUCAGAUGAGCCCCAGAGGUCUGAAUCCUUUUCUUCCAGCCCAACACUCCCUGCUGGGAAGACUCCACCCACACACGGUCCAGAGAGAGACGUCCUCACAUACGUAUUCAGCUCCCUGCUCCGGGACAUACUGGACGACCCAGCCUUCGCCCAGUAUCUGAUUACUUCUCCGUUCAAGCCCGUCCUUUAUCAGGCUCUGCAAACGGCUCCGCCCCCGUGCAAAUCCCAGAAAACGUCUUCUUCAGCUGCACCUCAGUGUCUCUGGCAUGUGUCAGAAGAUGAGCUGAGAGAACAACACAGCGCAGCGGACGGUGACGAAGCCGCAGGACGCUCAGAAAAUGAGACUCACACGCCCUCAGACCGCCUCUCUGCUGAACACACUGACAUAGUUGAAGAUGUUUUGGUCCAAGUCCUGCAGAACGUGAUGGUGGAAGCUUCCAGAGGAGAGCUGGACCUUACAGCGCACCCCCGCUCUGUCAUCCUACCGCCUCAUUCUGCCAGAAACAGGAGGAUGUCCCGGGCCAUGGCUGAGAAGCCGAAGAACAAAAACAAACCAGCAGGGACUUAAUACGAAGACUUUUUUCACACUUUUAUGGACUAAUUUACAAAUGUUUUAGAUAUUCAUUCCAUUUCAACACCCUCCCUUGUUGAACUGGUAAGUGUCAUAUUGGCCUCAUAGUGGAUCAAGGACCAAAACUGCAAAAUUAAGCCAAUGCGGAAGUUAUUAAAGGUGUAAUACGA